AUGAUACUAAUACUGAUAAAAAAAUUAAAAAAUUUAUUCAUUCAUCGACGACGGUUAGAAAAUGAUGAUAAAAUUAUUAUCAAUCCAUAUAAAAUGAUACCCGAAUCAUUACGGGUAUCUAGUGUUGGUACACAUUUAUAUCGAUAUGGUAUCCAUAUUUAUCGGCCACCAUGUAUUGGGAAUGAUUAUCAACGUAAUUGGUAUUAUAAUCCAUUAUUCAUAUUGUUUAUGGAAUUCGUCUAUCUAUUCAGAAGUAUGACGGCAUUCUUCAUAUCAGCCGAACCGAGUGAAAAUCGUAAAUAUUUCAUCUAUUUGGGUGAUUAUAUGUAUUGUAUUGGUGCAAAAACACAUAUAAAUUUGGCUGCAAUUUGUUAUAUGUCAAUUGGAAUAUGUCUAUUAUUAUUAGCCACUUAUCAUGAUUAUCGUGGUAUUCGGCCAACAUUUCUAUAUUCAUUGGAUUUUUUGGCUGGCCGUAUGACACCAUCAACUGCAUGUUUGAAUGAUAAUCGUUAUAUUGAAAAAUUGCUUAUCAAAACGCGAUGGAUUGUUAAUUAUUGUGAAUUUAAUACACGUGCUGUUGGUAUUGUAUCUUUCAUAUUGAGCGCAUGGCCAUUAUGGUUUGAAUGUACGACCAUUGAAUUCCUGACAUCCGGUUUACCAUGGUCAAUAAUAUUUGCCAUUUCAUCAUAUUUUACAUUCAGCGCUUAUUUCUGGAAUAUGGCCUAUUUCUAUAUACUUUGCAAUUUUCUUUGCUAUCGAUUACGUGAAAUUAAUGAUUUAGUAGUACGUUUUUCACACUUGAAAUUAAAACAAAGUGGUAUUCGAAAAUUAGUGAAUAAAGCAAAUUUGAGAAUAAUACGGGCUCAUUUGAAUCGUAUCGGUAAAGAUAUUCAACAUUUUAAUAAUACUUAUUUUAAAGAUGUCAUCUUCAUCAUUGUCAUAUUAAUGGGUACAUUCACUAAUGUUGUACUUUAUACCGCUUUAUUCGUACCUGUUGAUUUGACCAUACGUUUUUCGUUAUUCUAUGCGGUUGUAUUAGCAACAUCGGCUAUUUGUUUUUUAUUGAAUACAGCAACAUUAGUUUAUAAUGAAGCGGCUAUUUCUCGUAAAGUGUUGAAUAAACUUUAUGUUUCACAGAUUCAAUUUCAUAAUCCAUAUACAUUAUAUAAUAUUCUACUAACGAUCGAAAGUCAAUCUAAAAAACGUAUGGGAUUCUAUUUUCUAAGCGUUUUCAUUAUCAAUUCUUCAAAAUUUUUUGAGGUAAUCAUUCUAGUCUUUAUUGCUGCGUCUUUUUUUUAUUAUCAUUUUUCUGGUCUAUUGAAUUUAGAUUGUAGUAAUAAUAAUGAUGUUUUUCCUGAAAAUUAUACAAUUAUCAUUCGCAAAACAAUUGGUCUAAUUUAA